UUGACCAUCAUUAAGAAGGCUUUAGUUUAUAGUCAAGGGAAACCUUACAUUGCAGGUAAGCAUUUGUCAUAGCAGACACUUUUCCUGGCAGCAAGAUGAAUACUGCUUUGCAGAUAGUGGAGAAACCAAUACUUAGUGAAUCUGCUGCCUAUGUCCAGAAAGGUGCUGGAGCCAGGAAUUCAAGACCCAUGGUGUCAACAGUCACCCAAUCCUUGGUUGAUAGGGAGUAGAGAAAUACUUUCUGGUAAGAACUUUAAGACUGCUGCUUCUGUCUUCUCUAGUAUCAUCCGUGUGUCCACUAAAUCAUUACAAAACAUUCCGCUAAAGAAAGCACAAAAACUCUGCUGUGGAGGAUGCAGACGAUUGCCAGAAAACGGUCCUGCAAGUUUUAAACAAUAUUCACAUCCCAAUGACUCCUUGAUCCCCCAAUAUGUAAAUAUGUAUCAGGCACGCAACCGACUGGGUCCAUCAACAGACGUGGUGGGUGUUUCUGAGAUUACAGGUCAGUUUCACUUUCCUCUUGGGCCUUUUCUUAAGCGUUCACAUUUCCCACAGUACACAUGUAGAUUAACUGGGGAAAAGGAACAUGCUGUAUAUUUUUGAAACUCUUGGAGAGGUGAAGGGUCGUUAUUUCCUGCAGGGUAGUGUCCUCCUUUUCUUGCUUCACAAACAAAACCGGAUGUGACUUGGAAACGGAAAACAAAACAAAACAAAAAAGGAACAAAAAGUAAAACUUUACAGUUGUUUCUCCAGGAAAGUGGGUUAGUGCAGCCCCAACCCUCGGGCGGCAGCCCUGGCCGGUCCCGCGCGGGCGUGGCCGACUCGGGAACCGGCAGAGGGCCAGCAUCCUGCCCGGAGAUCCCGCAGCACGGAGCUUCUCAGGCUCCCUCCCAACUCUACCGUCCCCGGGCUCGCAGGGCCCGGCCACCCGGGGUCGUGGGAGCCCUAGAGAGAUCCUAGGGCGCUGGGCAGGGCCAGCACGUGGAGAAGACCCGGGGACAGCUGAGCGCUCAGGGCUCUGGGGGCCACCUCGGGGAGGCGGUGCCGUCCUGAGCCGGGGGGCGGGGUGCGCGGGCACCACAGUUACUUGGGGACGCGCCCUGGUUCGCCGCACUUCCAGCCACUCCACUUGCAGAGCAGUCCUCGGGCCCAGCUCUGGGCUGAAAAUGCCGGCCCUUCACAUCGAAGAUUUGCCAGAAAAGGAAAAGCUGAAGAUGGAAGUUGAGCAACUGCGCAAAGAAGUGAAAUUGCAGAGGCAACAGGUGUCUAAAUGUUCCGAAGAAAUAAAGAACUAUAUUGAAGAACGUUCUGGAGAGGAUCCUCUUGUGAAAGGAAUUCCAGAAGACAAGAAUCCUUUUAAAGAGAAAGGCAGCUGUAUUAUUUCAUAAAUAACUGGAGAGAAAUUUCAUCCUGAGUAUAAGAACUAGCUUGUUUUGGUUUUCUGAAAUAAAACCAAAAUUCUUUUCAAAGAAAGAAAAACAAAAUUUAAAGACUUUCUUAAACACUUCUAUUGAUAUGAUUAUGUAUAAAAACUGUUUCUCAUCUUUGCUAACUACACACCCUUUUCAAGAGGGCAGAGAGUAUCAAACAUACAAUUAUGGAAAUAAGGACAUUACUUGUGCGUGACUCACCUCUUUUCAGUGUAUUGCUUGAUGCCUUAAAUAAAGUUUUUAUCUCUGGAAAA